CUCCCUCUUCUGCCUCAUAAGUCCACCAUGGGUGUUGGGAAGUCGAAAUUAGAUAACUGCCCUCUUUCUUGGCAUAAAAGACCCAGUGAGGAUGCAGAUCAAGACUGCCAUGAAUCAGUGGCCAAGAACUCUAAGGAUGUGUCCUUGCAUGAUUUGGUGAAGCACAGCAAUAGAACAGAGCAGCCGAUGGGAGAGCAGGAGGGAGCGGAGGCAGAGGGAGAGCUGCCAGAGGAGGAAGCUGAAGAAGAAGUCUUCCUCAAAUUUGUAAUACUGCAUGCAGAAGAUGACGUAGAUGAGGCUCUCAGGGUCCAGAAUCUACUGCAAAAUGACUUUGGUAUCAGGCCUGGGAUAAUUUUCUCUGAGAUGCCGUGUGGCAGGCUGCAUUUGCAGAAUCUAGAUGAUGCUGUAAAUGGAUCUGCAUGGACGAUCUUAUUACUGACUGAAAACUUUCUAAGAGACACCUGGUGUAACUUUCAGUUCUACACCUCCCUGAUGAAUUCUGUGAACAGGCAACACAAGUACAAUUCCGUCAUACCUAUGCGGCCCCUGAACAGCCCUCUUCCUCGGGAAAGGACUCCCUUGGUGCUACAGACCAUCAAUGCCUUAGAAGAAGAAAGCUUGGGCUUUUCUACACAAGUGGAGAGAAUUUUUCAGGAGUCUGUGUAUGAGAGGCAACAGACUAUAUGGAAAGAGACGCGAAAUGUGAUGCGAGGACAGCUCGUUGCCUGAGAUGAAGCAUACACCCGGCUGCCUCCUGUUUUGUAAACAAAAUGAUUCAUCUUCACUUGAGAAAGCAGCGUCUAAGAAAUGGUUCUGUAUGAGUGAGUCGGCUUUCAAGAAAUCUGUGGGCCACAAGAAAGGUACAUUUCUGCAGGCCUAGGAUUGUGGUGCUUUUUGAUGAUAAACUCAAGAUGGUCCGUUUUGAGCACUUUUUGCUUAAAAAAAAUAGUUUAUGGAUAUUCUUAAUUUGUUUCUUAUGUUGAACCAUGAAUAGGCAUAUAUGAAACAUUUUCAAAAAACAAUAUUAAAAAAAUCUUCUAAAGACAUGAAGAAAAUGCUUACGGCUGAGAGAGGUCUGAUUACCUUCCUUCCUACUUCUCUCAUGAAUGUUACCACAGAGCAUCCUGGUGCUGUCACCCAGAAACAUGGAUGGCCAGACUGGGAUAUGUGCAGUGUGGAUGCACACAAGUAGGAGGUCAGAAGUAGACGUGAGAAUGGUCAGGCUUUGGAAAACAAUCCAGCCACGUGUGGUUUUGUUUCUGCUGGAGUUUGGAACCAAUUCCUGCCAAGAAUUAUGAAUCAUUUUGAGAGUGUGGUAGCUAGGGACUCGCAAAUGUCCUCUGACCUUGUCAGUGGCCGUCUGUAACCAGGGCUGUUUUAUUCUCAGAGCUUGGGAAGUGUGUGAUUCCCCAGUUGUUUACCUUAAAAAUCAAUAACCUCUUAUGUGAGCCUUUAGAAAUGUUCCUCUUACAGUGCUUGUCUCAGGGAAUGUUUCUUAUUUAGGGUGGUCUGACUGUGAGUGUUAGUGUGGUGGGAGUGGUGUGUGUUUGUGCAGAGAAUGUAUUUUUACCAUCUCCACUUUCAGGGCCCAAUGUGCAUACCAAGCCAGGGAGGCCCACAGGGACCCAUACCUUUCCCUCAUAGAACCUUAGCCCAUUUGAGACUGAAGCACUGCAAACAAGUACAAACUGGGCCUGUAGCUAAGGGUGAGUCAUGUCAAAUAAUGAGAAAGUGCCCACUGGGGGCCGGGAGACCUACUUGCAAGCCAGCCUCUGCCACUGAGGAUGAAUGUGCCAGUGGGUAGCUAUUCUCCUUUGUCUAUGAAAUGAAAGGGUUAGAUUGAUGGAUCUCUAAAGGCUUUUGUCCUCUCCCAGGAUGGGAAAAACUGGAAGCCAGAAAGCAAUAAGCAAAGCCUUAAAUGUUUAUGAGGUUAUACAUAGUGUGAUCAUUGCAGAAGACAUAAUACAUGCUUACAAUGAAUGGAUAUUUUUGUAUAUUUGCAUCAGAGUUACAGGAAAGAAUCUAUACAUGCUUAUUCAGAUUUUUGGUUUUGUUUUUAUUCAGGGUCUCACUAUGUAGCCCUGGCUGGCCUGAGAAUUGCUGCAUAACCAGGUUGGCAUCAAAAUCACAGAUCCACCUGCCUCUGCCUCCUGAGUGCUGGAAUUAAAGGUGUACACCACCACUGCCUGGCCAGAUUUUUUUAACUAAAUAAAGAGAUAAAUGUUAGGUACCAAGUAAUUGUAGGUGUUGAAAUUAGCAAGAAAUGAUCAUCAAAAUAACUAAUGGUAAAAGGAGACAAAGGUGGGGGCCUUAUCAUGGGUUUUGUGUUUAUAUACACACACAUAGGUUUAGAUACACACAUCAACCAUUCUGAGAAAUUCUGCCACAUGCCAGCAGAUUGUCACCCUGGGUACUCUGUGCCACCCACCUGGAGCUGCCAUAAGGAUCUUAGGUAUGCCUGAAUAAACAGCCCUCCAUGGCCUAACGAGGAAGUUUACAUUAUCCUGGUAAUCAGGAG